GGAAGUCGUCUUCAGCUGAAAAAGCUUAGCUGAAAAACCUUAAAAAACGUUACAAAUAUAAUUUUUCCACGCGGCCAAUUUUCAUUGGCUGCAACGACGUGGUUGCAUCCAAAGCUGCGAUCGGCCCUGUUAUUUUUUCGCAGUGAGGGAAUUCGAAAAACACAAACCCUUAGGUGCACAUUGCUCUGAUGUUUUUAUUUUCUUUUAUUUUUUUUCUCAAUCAGAGGCGGAGAAUAGCAUGGAGUUGAGAAUUUGUUCAGUCAUCCGAAUGCUGUGGAUUGGCCUUGUAUUUGCACAGUCCCUGCAAGGCUUUGCAGCUGCUAAAGAGUCAUAUUUACAAGCUGGUGAUACUUAUGUUUCGAAGGGGGAGUACACGUUAGCCAUCAAACAAUAUACUUUGUAUAUUGAAUUAUAUCCUGCUAAUGUUAUUGGCUACUCUAAACGAGCUGCUGCAAACAUUCAGCGUCGACACCAUUCUGAGGCAUUUGAGGAUCUAAGUAAAGCUCUUGAACUUGAUCCAAAGUUUACACAAGCGUAUUUACAUCGUGCUUCUCUUUUACGACAACUUUGCAGAUUUGAGGAGUCAGAAAGGGACUACAGAAAAUUUUUGGAGUUAAAACCAGGAAAUUCAGCUGCAGAAAAGGAAUUGUCCCAGCUGAUACAGACUAAAAAUGCAUUUGAUAAGGCUUUGAGUCUUUUUGACUCAGGUGAUUUUUCAAAAGCAUUGGAGUAUAUAGACAAAGUUGUUCUUGUAUUCUCAUCAGAAUGUUCUAAGGCAAAGCUGCUAAAAUCAAGACUUCUAUUAGGAGUAAAAGACUAUUCAGGUGCCAUUGCCGAAUCUGGUUUUAUACUGAAAGCUAAUGAAAAUGAUCUGGAGGCAUUGCUACUGCGUGGAAAGGCCUAUUACUACCUUGCAGAUCAUGAUGUUGCUAUGAGGCACUAUCAAAAGGGCUUGCGUUUAGAUCCUGAGCAUAGUGAACUCAAGAAAGAGUACUUUAAGCUUAAGAAUCUUUUGAAGAAGACUAAGAGUGCUGAGGAGAACCUGGAAAAAGGGAAACUGCGAAUGGCAGCUGAAGGUUUCAAAGCAGGUCUUCAAGUGGAUCCUAGUCACACAGCACAUAAUGUGAAUCUGUAUUUGGGUUUGUGCAAGGUUUUAGUCAAGCUUGGGAGAGGCAAAGAUGCCUUGGAGAGUUGUACGGAAGCUUUGAAAAUUGAAGAAGAGCUCAUUGAGGCUUUAGUUCAGAGAGGUGAAGCCAAGCUUCUAAUUGAAGACUGGGAGGGAGCUGUCAAUGACAUAAAAAGCGCACUUCAAAAAUCUCCCCAGGAUAUGAAUAUCAGGGAAGCAUUACAGAGAGCUGAGCGCUCUUUGAAGCUGAGCAAGCGGAAAGAUUGGUACAAGAUUCUUGGUGUUUCAAACACUGCAUCCAUUGCAGAAAUCAAGCGAGCAUAUAAAAAGCUAGCAUUACAGUGGCAUCCUGACAAGAAUGUUGACAAUAGGGAGGAAGCAGAAAUGAAAUUCAGAGAAAUUGCAGAAGCAUAUGAGGUGCUUGGAGAUGAUGAGAAACGAAUGAAGUUUGAUAGAGGUGAAGAUAUUGAAGAACCUAGUAUGGGUGCUGGUGGCUUCAACCCUUUUGGUGGCGGUGGGCAACAGUUCACGUUUCACUUUGAAGGUGGUUUCCCUGGUGGCUUUGGAUUUCAAUGAGAAUUCCAAGAGAGAUUUCUCAGAGAGUCAUAUUUGCUUAAUAUUCAUUUCAUCAGUUAUACACAAGUUUGAUGCACUGACAAAGGUAGGUAUAGGGGACCAAUGUAUUCUUUCCCCUGAGGUGUACAUGUGAUUGAGAAUUGUAGCCGGCUUCAAAGCAUGUGAAUUAAAGCAAGAGGUGUUGCAUUCAUUAAUUUCCACCAGUGCUGAUUAAAGGUUUUCCAACCUUGGAAUCAUUCUUUGCAUUUUUGACUCAAUAAUGCAAGGAUUAAGAUCACAUAGAAAUUGGAAUCCUUAGGAAAUUUUCCUUUUCGAGAAUGGUAAGUUAAUUCAUUGUCUUAUUCAAUCAUUUCCCAUGGAUAACCAGUGAGGAAUCUGUCAAUUGAAGACAUGCAGCACAAUAGAUGUAGUAUCUUUCUAUGUUCAAUGGAUUUCUUACAAGUAGUAAAUUUAAGUAUCCCUCUUGGUACUGUUGAUCAGA